UCUAUGUGAGAAGACAGUGGAAGAACAUGAAAAAAAAUGAAAUAUAUCAGAUUAUGACGAAGCUGAAAAUACCUGUUUUCAUAAUCUGCUUUUUUGGAAUCUUGUUUUUGUCUCUGGUUUUCCACUUAUUGAACAAAUACCAUGUCAUUGCAGAGAAAGAAGAGAUGAAUGUACAUGCUGCAGAGGGAGAGAAGUGUGACGUCUUGUCUGAAAUCAAUACUAUUAGAAAGGAUAAAGGUAUGUUAAUCAUAAAUUCAGUUGGGCGGCUGGGCAACCAGAUGGGAGAGUAUGCAACAUUAUAUGCUUUAUCAAAAAUAAAUAGGCGGCAGGCAUAUAUAAUCCCAGAGAUGUUCAACUAUUUAUCACCACUGUUCAGAAUCACAAUGCCUACAAUCAAUGGAGAAGAGGUUAAAAGGAUUUCAUGGAGCGAAUACAAAGUGUAUAACUGGAUGGCUCCUAAGUAUAGACAGUUCUCUGAGAAGUAUGUCAGACUAACUGGAACCCCCUGCUCGUGGACAAUUUUCCACUAUCUUAGAGAUGACAUUCUUAGGGAAUUCACCUUCCAUGAUCAUAUCAAGGAGGAAGCUAACCACUAUCUUCAGAAAAUCAAAGGUGAUCAUAAAAGUGUGACCUUUGUUGCUGUACAUGUUCGAAGGGGAGAUUAUGUCCAUGUCAUGCCUCAUCAGUGGAAAGGUGUGAUAGCAGACAAGGUAUACUUAGAAAAGGCUAUGUCCUAUUUCCACAAUAAGUACCAAGAUGCCCUUUUUGUGGUUGCCAGCAAUGGGAUGGACUGGUGUAAAGAUAACAUCGAUGCCUCUAUGGGGGAUGUUCACUUUCUAGAUGCAGGAGAUGAGUCAUCUCCAGGAAAAGACCUUUCUAUUCUUGCUCACUGCAAUCAUACUGUCAUGACUCUUGGGACUUUUGGCUUUUGGGCUGCAUACCUGGCUGAUGGUGAGACUGUCUACCUUGGUAAUUUCACACUUCCUGACUCAAUCUUACGAAAGGAGUUUAGAGAUGAAUCUGCCUUUCAUCCGGAGUGGAUAGGUUUUCAGGCUGACCUUUCACCUCUUCUCAGUCAUCAUUGACAGUUUUUGACUUAUUUUACAAAGCUGAAUGACUGAAUUUUUUACCUCUUGUCCAAAAUUUGAGUAAUGCUUCUCAAUAAAACUUUCUAACUUGAUUUUUAACUCCUUACUGCUCAUAACAUUAUCUAAGUACACAAAUUAAAACAAUAUUAGGAAAACCCAGCGAUUUAGAAAUACAGGGAAAUUAAA